UGUCCAGAGAGAACCAAUCAGCAGGUGUUUACAUGGAUGAGGCGGGGCUAGGAGCUCUAGCUGUCUCCGGCUCACAGUUCCUAGUUAGUUCGUGGAUGCGUUUUGUCUGGACGGUGUCCUGCUGGGAGAGGCUUCCUGUGGGCACAGGGGUAGUACCCUGAAGGAAAUAACAUCAAAGUGCCUGAAGGAAAUAACAUCAAAGUGCCUGCUGACUGCCAGUCCUAAAUGUCACGUACAAUCGCAGGUUUCCUUUGCUGGCCCUGAAUCUUAGAACCACAGAAUGAGAAUGGGAAUAGGAGUGUGAAAAUGGCCCAUAUCAUUGCCACACAGAAGUCUGACUGGAUCUCUUUUAAUGAUGACAUAAUUUUGCAAGGUGCCACUAAGCAGGACCAAGGCAGUCAGCUCCCAAAACAGUUUUCAGACACAGAGAAAACUCCUCUGAGACUGCACAGUUCUCCUGUGAAUGAGAUCAAGCCUACAGUAGUUGAUCAUCUGGUGUCUGACCAUGUAAAUAAACAGCAGGAUCAUCUGAAUUUGAGUUUGUCUACUUGGGUUCAGUUUGAAGAGUCACUUGCUCCUGCUGCCAAUGAAAAUGGAAAAACAGCAUCCUCUGUUGGAGCACCAGACCAGAGAUUCUUUGGUCAGAGCCCCUCAGGAAGGUCACAGAGCAGCUCAGAUGCCCACUAUGAGCAUAUCAGCAUGGCCAGCAUUGGGCCACACACAGAUCCCUGCUCUAUUCAAACAGAAGAUGUUUCCAGUGAGGAUGCCUCUGGCACAGGCUCACCAGACAAUUGCUCUUCGUUUCAAGAGGAUGAGGACUUAGAUAUGGAAAACCUUGGCUGGCCUGUUAGUAGUUUCACCAUCAACGGGCAUACAGACUCACCAACAAAGCCUACAUUUCCAAACUGGGUCACCUUUGAAGAUGAGGUUAUUGAACCUUCUCCAAAAAACUCCAACCAAAAACAACUGGAAAGUCCAAAAUCCCCCUUUAAAAAAAGGGAAAGGCCUAAGAGUUCACUGGUUGAUUUCCAAACAGCACAGAGACUUGACUUUAAAUCACUACAAAGGCAACUCUCUUUAAAUUCACCUCCCACAAAAACUCCUAAUCCAUUUCAUGAUGAGACAUUAAAGCAUGUCCUACCCUCCCCAAUUAAUCCCUUUAGUUCUUAUUUUGAAAAGCAAGACCAACUUUCUCAGUGCUCCUCUGUAUCCAGUGACCAGGAACCAUGCCAAAGAAAUUUCACUUCUCUUCUCUCUGAAGAACUUGAUACUGAACAAUUUGAGGACUAUCGGAAAAAAAGUUUGCAAGCUGAUGCUGUAGAAUGCCUCAAGCAAAUUCAACUGGAAGACCCAGAUUCUCCUGGUAGUCCAACUUUGCAAGAUGAUCCUCUAAAAGAUGUUGAUUCUGUUGGACCUUCUUUAAGCUUCACUAAACCUGAGCCAAAGGAUGGCUGGCCAAUGAUGCUGAGAAUACCAGAGAAGAAGAAUAUCAUGUCUUCCAGACAUUGGGGUCCCAUAUAUGUCAAGGUUAAGGAAUCUGGGAUCCUGCAGCUUUUCUAUGAAAAGGGUCUGGAGAAACCAUUCAGAGAAUAUAAACUUGAGCAGAAUCAUGAGAUAUCAGAACCCAAACUCCAGAAUUAUGAUGAGAAUGGGAGGAUUCACACAGUUAGGAUUGAUAAAGUUAUAUACAGAGAAAAACGGAAAUACCAACCUAUGCCUUUAGUCACUCAUACAGGAGAAAAGGAGCAAGUAGUCAAGCUGGGUACAACAGACUAUUCUGACUUUAUUAGUUUUAUUGCUAACAUCCAAGACAUUUUGUUUAUGCUACCAGCCACAAUAGAUCUUAGCACUGUGCACCAACAUUACACUGAAGAAGAGAUCACUGUGGAUGUUAAGGAUGAAUUCCAUGGAAUCCUGGGCAAAGGGGAUAACCAACUCAUUCUUCAUUCCGUAGUCACUCAUAUCUAUAUUCUUAGUUUUAUCUCAGGAAUGGCUGAUUGUAGGAUGGGUCUUAAUGACAUCCUUAUUAAAGGGAAUGAAGUCGUUGCCAGAAAUGACAUCAUGCCAACAACAACAACCAAGUGGGUGCAACUUCAUGAAUGCAAAUUCCAUGCAUCUGUAGAUGAAAAAAUGUUUCAUAGCUCUAGGAUGGUUGUGUUCACUCCACUGGAUUCCUGCAGGUAUGAACUAAUGAGAUUUCGGACAGUAUUUUCUGAGAAGACUUUGCCAUUUACCCUCAGGACUGCAGUUUGUGUACGUGGAGCUGAAGUUCAGCUACAGAGUUGGUUGGUUAUGUCAGCUGGAUUCUCUUCAAAUCGGGACAAUUUAUUACAAGUUCCCUGUGAAAAUAUUACCAUUCGACACCCUGUCCCUGCUGAGUGGGUUAAUUAUUUCCGUAGGGACAGUAUGCUUGGUGAAAGGUCACUGAAGGCCAAAAUCAACAGGGAAGCAAGUUUUGGCUCUCCCGGCCUGUCUGGGUCAGAACCAGCCAUGAGAGUUACGCUGGGAACAGCAAAGUAUGAAAAUGCUUAUAAUGCUGUCGUAUGGAGGAUUAACAGGCUGCCAGAUAAAAACUCAGGUUGGAAUCAACCUCACUGCUUCUACUGCCACCUUGAUCUGGGUUCAGACCGGGAUAUUGCCCAUAGUUUUGUUCCCUAUGUUGAGGUCGAAUUUGACAUGCCAGCAGCAUCAGCAUCAAAGGUGGCUGUACGAUCAUUAUCUGUGGAGGAUAAAACUAGUGUCAAAAAGUGGGUUAACUACUCUGCCCAUUAUUUUUACAAGGUGGAAAUAGAGCAGAAAAAAACACUGAACCAGGACAUGGAAGGAGGCGAUGUGGAAAAGUCAAUUCUGUUGGAAAUGGCGGCCUCGGCUAACGCAAACCCCGUGCCUAAAUUGUACAGAUCUGUGAUUGAAGAUGUUAUCAAUGAUGUGAGGGAGAUUUUUCUGGAUGAGGGAGUUGAUGAACAAGUCUUGAUGGAGCUGAAAACACUGUGGGAAAGCAAGCUGAUGCAAUCUAAAGCAGUGGAUGGUUUUCACACUGAGGAACAGCAACUUUUACUGCAGGCUCAACAACAACAACAGCAGCAGCAGCAGCAACAUUCUCAGCAUCACCGUGUACAACAGCACCCUCAGCAGCAGCAGGCAGCAUCUCACCAGACACAACAGGUUCUCAUCCCCGCCACACACCAGGCUCAACAGCAGCAAGUACUUGUACAAGAGUCCAAGAUGAUUCAUCACAUGACCCCUCAGGGAAUGAGUGCUGCUACUACCCUGGCACUGCCUGCAGGUGUUACACCAGUUCAACAGCUGAUCACAAACUCUGGACAACUAUUACAGGUGGUCAGGGCAGCAAAUGGUGCUCAGUACCUUAUCCAGCCUCAGCAGUCGAUGGUGCUGCAGCAGCAAGUAAUUCCUCAGAUGCAGCAAGGUGGUGUGCAAGCCCCUGUUAUUCAACAGGUGUUAGCUCCAAUGCCGGGAGGUCUCUCUCAACAGACUGGUGUCAUCAUACAGCCGCAACAGAUCUUGUUUACAGGUAACAAGACUCAAGUUAUACCCAAUACCAUGUCUGCUCCUCAAGCACCAAUACAGGGACAGCUUACUGUGACAAGUCAGCAGCAGCAACAAGGGCAGCAGCAGGCUCCACUCGUCCUGCAAGUUGAUGGUGCUGGGGACACAUCCUCUGAGGAGGAUGAAGAUGAGGAUGAAGACUAUGAUGAUGAGGAGGAAGAGGACAAGGAGAAAGAUGGAGAAGAUGGUCAAGUGGAAGAGGAACCACUCAACAGUGAAGAUGAUGUAAGCGAUGAGGAAGGGCAGGAGCUCUUUGACACAGAGAAUGUUGUAGUUUGCCAGUAUGACAAGAUCCACAGAAGCAAAAACAAAUGGAAAUUUCAUCUCAAAGAUGGCAUCAUGAACCUGAACGGGCGAGAUUUUGUCUUCUCCAAAGCCAUUGGGGAUGCAGAAUGGUGAAGAUACACCAGCUUUUGAUAAAUCAAAUGGAAGAGCUUUAGGGUUUUUUUGUUUUUGAUGAAUGCAAGGGGAUAUACCUAAAUUAUGCAGAUUGCCUCCUUUUAUCCAUCCCAGGGCCUGUCUGAAGCAAAGGUGUCCAAUUGCCCAAUGGCUCAUCAGUCGGAAUUUACCAACUUUAAAGGAUUUGUUAAAUCACCUAAGAUGGCUUUAAAGGGGCAAUAGUAACUUGGCACUGGCUAUAGUGGACAACGCCUCCAAUUGCAGCAACGACUUUGUGUAACUUGCUCACUUAAACCUCUGCAGACUUCAAACUCCUUUGCUACGCAAAUCCAGCAGGCAUUGAGCAGCCAUACUGCUACAUCUAUAUUAACUUCUGCUCUGAAUACACAGUUGCUAUAUUUUAAUAGUGCUGUUGAGCUUAUUCUGGACACAUUUACAUGUCUCCUGGUUAAUUUUGGCCAUUCUUAGAACCACUUCCCUUUCAGUGACAGUGUAUUGAGCUUCAGUCUUCACUGACGAUCCCAAAGUCCUCCAUUUUGUUGUAUUGUUUUUUACUGUUCAGCAUUAGGGCUUUCAAAUUUGUCUUAAGACCUUCAGUUCACUGGACUCAAUGCAUUGAGUGGGCAGGUAUUCCAUAACAGGCAGUGUUCUCACAUUACUGUAAUGAUUUAUUGGAGGAUGGAAGAUCAGUCCCAUAUUGGCUAAGCACAUAAUGUGCAGUGCCGGUUUAGUUCAACUACUUCAGUUGGUUGCUGCCUGUGCUUCAGUGAAUCCUCGACUAACUUGAUUUCCAGCCUAAUUUGCCAUGAGUCUUGCUUCAUUCACCUGUUAAAAUUUGCAUCCUUUUCUGUUUAAGAUGAAAUGGAUCAAGACGUUAUAUAAAUUUGCUCUUGUUCUAUGUGGUUGAUGCACUGCUGGCACUUGGCAGGACACUUUGCUGUAAAGGCCAUUUUAUUUGAUACAGAAGGGACUGCCCAAUUCUGUAUUGCAUUGCAAUCUUACAAAAUUGAUAUCCCCAUUAAAUAAAAUUACCAGAAAUGAGUCUUAGAAUGGUUUAAAUGAAGUAAAGCAUUGCUCAAAAACUGCCUUGUGAUUGGUGCCUAAAUUCAUGCAACCUUUGCAUUUGAAACUAGCUCUAAAUAACCAUCAAUCUGUUCAAGGUUUACUAUAUCGAUCCUGCAGUGGAAAUGCGCCUUCAUUCUGAGGGUAAUGUCUGGUUCUGGCAUCAUGGCGGUUGCUCGUUUAAAUUGCUUGAUUAGGAGGUGGUUCAAUUGUUUGUAGAACAAAACUGGCCUGCAAAAUGGGACCAAAGGUGCAUCUGUUAAUGUGCCUUAAACUGAGACUGGAUACCUUGUUAAUGCUGUAGGAUCUGUGCUCCCAGAAUCCCUUGCACAGUGAGCAAUUUUCUACUGGUCUAUCUUGCAGCUCAGACUUUGCCGUAAUGACGCCCAAAGACUUUCCAUGUUAAUAUGUACCUGUGUCUUGGGAGACAGAAUGGAGCAGCUUUAAAGAAGAAUUAUCAUGAACAUUUUUAGCAUACUGAAAUAAGAAACUUUCUAAAUACAAUAAAUUAAAAAUUCAUUACAGUUUUUGAAAUAAUCGGGUUAAAUUUCACUAUCCCUCUCUCCGCAUCCAUUUCUCUUCAUUCUGUCUUCAUGCAGCAGUUGGGUGUCAGAUAUUCAUUGACCAUUUCAUCCAAUAUAUCUUAUAGGGGGGCUCCUUUUGCCUAGAAGUAUUAGAACCCACUCUAUUAAUAUCACCAGAAAUCCUGUCUCUCUACAUGCAAAUUUGUGCAAAAGGCAGUUAUUUUGUUUGAACUAGAAUCAGUUAUUUGAGUGAGCCUUAAUUCAUCUGCUAGGAAAGGGAGCCCCCCCCCCCCUAUAAGAUAUAUUGGAUCAUUCAUCUGCCACCCAACUGCUGCAUGAAGACAGAAUGAAGAGAAACAGAUACUGAUAGUGAAGAUAAACUUGAUUAUAUCAAACUAUGGCGAUUUUUUUUUUUUCUAAGUGAUUGUAUUUACAAAGUUUCGUAUUUCAGUAUGCUGGAUCUUCUAUUAAAUUUUCAUUUUCGCGAUAGUUACCCGUUUAAGUGUGCGACUAAGAAGUGCUGCUCCUGUGUGAAUCGGGGUGUUCCUAGAUUUGGGUUUUCUAUUGGUCUGUGGGAACUCUUGCGCUACUGUUAACUGCUGUUGUACAUACAGUUGUAUGGAAGGGGCGGACAAAUCUAUUUAUUAUGUUUGUAAAAUUCUGUAAAAUUUGCAGAUAAAGUUUUUUGUUUUUUGUCUUAACGAAUGUUUUUAAAUGCCAUGCUUAGGAUUCGAUUAGAAAACUGUUGAUCUAUUUUAAGUUUUAAUAUUUUACCUUUGCAAAAAAACUUUAAUUAAAGUUAUUUUAAAAAUGA